AUGGGUAUCUGGGACGCCUUCACCGACCUCGUCGAGGCCGCUACGCCAUGGAGCACCGCCGAAGCCGAAGCUCCUCCGCCUGAAGAGAAGGAAUCCGAAAGCCAAGACAAGGGAUCCGAAGAAUCCAAGGACGGUGACGAAUCCAAGGACGGCGGAGAAUCCAAGGACUCUGAGGAAGGCGUUGAGGAGGAGGCCGAGGAAGAUGCCGGAGAGGAAGAGGAGGAAGAAGACGAUGAGGAACUUGAGGACCCUAAGGACAAGCUCGAGGAAGCAUGCAAGAACUCUAAGACUUGCGCCCCUGCCAAGCACCACUACGAUGAGUGCGUCGAGCGUGUCACGAACCAAUCCGAUGACGGCGACAGCGAGGCCAAGGAGGACUGCGUUGAAGAGUUCUUCCAUCUCGCCCACUGCGCCACCCAGUGCGCAGCUCCCAAGCUCUGGUCCGUCCUGAAAUAA